CUUUUCCUCAACGUUUGGUCCGCUUGGCACGGCCAAAUGCAAAAUGGCUUCAAGUAGUAGCGAUGUCAACGAAGAUCGCGUGAAACUAUGUGUUAGCCAGGCAAGCAGCGUGUCUGAUUUGGCUGCUGAAAUAACAACACCAGCAGAGGAGUUGAAAGGAAAUCAUCUGAAGAAACGUGAACAGCACAGCUGCCGAAAUUUUCCUGGUUUACCACCGAGCAGGGCGUUCCGCAGCUACUCGGGGACAGAUUCAAUGUCUGAAAAGCAUGAACAAAGUGAAAAAUUAAGCAGAUCCACGUCCAACUGUGAUAUGGAAAGCCAUAAAGGCAUUGCAAAGGCAAAGGUCGCCGAUUCUCCCGUGGGACCCCCGUCACCGAUGGAGCAGUGCAGCAGUGCGCAAAAGAACGCUUGUAGUGCCGGCGGAAAGCUGUGUGACAUCGGCCGGCCCCCUUCAGUGACGCCCAACCACAAGACUCCCUUAAGUGUGCACGUGCAGGUGAACGGCUUAUGUAACGGAGACACGUCGUCCUCCAAAGAGAGCAAGAGUGACUUAAAGUUUGACUCCAAGAAGGCAUCCUCCAAGGCGAAAGAGACUGCCGUUAAGGAGGCACCUAAGAGAGAGGAGGCCAAAGUGGAGAAGAGUGAUGAGGAGAAAAGUUCUAGUCAGAAAGAAAGCAAAAUCCACAAGGGUGAAAAUGGACCAAAGAAGUGUUCCAUCGAAAAGAGCAAACUGUCCGAACCCCCAGACAAGAAAGCCAAAGUAGAAGACUCUGGUGGUGGCUCUCAGGAGAAGAAGGAAUCGAAACACAAGUCCUCUUCAUCCCCAUCGUCAUCAUCAUCGAGCAGCAGACGUAGCGGCGAGGGAAUGUGCGCACGCUGCAAGCGCAAGUGUGCCGUGCAACGCAACGUGGGCAUUCAGUGCAAGAAGGAGCGCCACAAGGACAUCCCUUCCGCGCCCGCUGGGAGCAGCAUGGCCCAACUGCCCAGGUUCCCCGCAACCACCGAGUUUGCUCACCUCAAAUUUGGCCGCUUCAUGCGCACGGAAGUGUACCCCAAUGGUGGCGCGUCUGUGCUCCAUCUCUACUGGGACGAAAUAUCGCACCUCGACGCAGCCGACAUGAAUAGGCUGGCGAAAGAUUUUCUUAAGGAAACAUUCUCCGAGGAGCCUGUUGGUGUGGCCAAAUACGUGAUGGGCAUUGUGCAUGGGGCAGCCCAGGAACUACCAGACUUUGUGGAGCACUUUGCAGAGCACCACCCCAACCUGGUAGUGAAAUGUGGCAUCUUAGGGAGGCAGUCCGACAUUGAGACAACCUCCAUGGCAAAGUUUCAACAAAUGGUUGAGCGCACAUACAGUAAUGGCACCUUCCGUUCUGGCCCGUUGCACCAGAUGAGUCUUGUGGGCACGGUGCACGAAGAAGUGGGCAGCUACUUCCCAGAAUUCCUGGCUCUGCUCGAACAGAGUGCAUUUCUACGGCUUACAAUGCCCUGGGGUCCACUGUCUGCUGUGAAGAUGGAAUCUCCUCAGGAAAGCAAUGACGGGCCCAUCUUGUGGGUGCGACCCGGUGAGCAGCUGGUGCCGACAGCAGAGAUGGCAGGCCGAUCCCCCAGCAAGCAGCAGCAGCAGAGGCGCAGUGAACUGCGCAAACUCCAGUACCUGCCCAGGGUGAGCGAGCCCAGGGAAACUCUCUUCGAGGAUCGUACCAAAUGCCACGCGGACCACGUGGGGCAGGGCUUCGAUCGUCUCACCACAGCUGCAGUUGGGGUCCUCAAGGCUGUCCGCACCUCCAAUAGCACCGACGUCAAUCGUAUUACGAAAGACGUGGUAGCAUUCCAUGCGGGUGACUUCAAUGUCCUGGUUGAAAAGCUACAGCUCGACCUGCAUGAGCCCCCUGUGUCACAGUGUGUGCAGUGGGUUGAAGAUGCAAAGCUCAACCAGCUGCGGCGUGAAGGAAUUCGGUACGCACGAAUCUCCCUCUGUGACAACGACAUCUACUUCCUGCCACGAAACAUCAUCCACCAGUUCCGCACGGUGACGGCCGUCACGAGCAUCGCGUGGCACGUCCGGCUCAGACAGUAUUACCCACGCAACGAGAAGGUCUCCUCCGGUCCCAAACGCUGCGACUCUUCUAAAGACGCCGGCGAUAAGAAAGGUUCGUCGUCAAGUGCCGCGUCCAAGUCCGCAGUGGAGGGGGGGAAGAAGAGAAAGGAAGAGGGUAGCCCUUCCAAGAAGGAUCUGGCAGUGAAGAAGGAAGGGAAGGAAAGCAAGGUAGGGGAAGGUUCCUCAAAGAAAGAUAGUCACAAGAAAAGGGAGAGGGUUAGGGAAGACCUGCCCGUGAAGAAGAGAAAGCUCAUUGGGGAAGACGUUGGCAAGGAUCUCAAGGAGGAGAAGAAACGGGCGAGGGAAGAAGGGCACGAGGAGAGGAGCGGAGAGAAACUCAAGGGCAAGGAGAAGGGAGAGAAGGUCGAACCUGCAGACAACGUGCAGAAAGCCGCAGAAUGGAAAGCGGAAGUGAAGGAAGAGAAGAGUGACGCAAAGCCGCGGGACAUAUCCCUGCCGGUGAGGACUAAUAUGGUGCAGGAAAAUGCGGUGAAAGUGUACGACAAUCGGCCAAAGGUGCAGGAAGGUUGGAGCAGCGAUAUGUGCUGCAUGCCUCCGAAGGUGUACGACAUGAACGCUGUUCGGACAACCAUGUGCGAGGUGAUCCGUCAACCAGUGGUGAGCGCGGCGUACCUGCCCCCGGCAAGGGAACUGGUUCCGCCGCGCUUCGAGGUGGCGACGGCCGUGACGCCGCGUCCGUUUGUGCCGACACUCAGCUACAUAAUGCCAGCACGGAUGAAUGCUCAGCCCAUGUCAGUUCCUCCGCCCGGGUAUGUCAUGGGGAGCAACAGUUAUGCGGCUGCCGUGCCGCGGAUGGAGAUGCCGCUGGACAACACGGCGUAUUGCCACCUGCCGAUGGGAGCAAUGCCGCAGCAGAUGGGCACGAUGCAGCAUCAACAGAUGGGCAAUGCAGAAGAGGCGUUCGAUGAGUAUGAUGAUCCUGGGACACCGCUGAUGGACGAAGAGCCACUUCGUGACGACCCGACACCUCCCCCGUACGAACUGCAUCAACCGCUGAUGGAACAGAGCAGAGUGCCGUCAGACGACUGUGGGAUGAUGAGGACAGUUGAUCUUCGGUGAUCGGACAGAAAUGCCAUCAGCAUCUACAGUGUCACUGUCUUUGGUGCUGUACGACGAACUUGGACCAGUGAAGUUCCACAAGGAGUGCACCAGCGUGUGUGCAAAGUGCAAGUUGCUGCUAUGUAGCAUACAUACCUGAUGGGAUCGUAGUGGAUCAUUUUGAGUUGCUACAAGGCCUGAUCAUUUUAAUGAGACCUAGCGGUGCAUUUGGUGAUGCUUGUGGGGCUACCUUUGAGAAGAUUUGCACACUACUUAACGGAUGUACUGGAGUACGGAGGAACUCUUCAUCUGCGAGAAAAUGCUGCACCUGCUUGUGGAACAGCCGCGGUGCAUGCUCAGAUGCUGAAUGUGGUUUUAGCUGUUUUAAUGCUGGAUACAGUCAACCCUCAUAGGGUGUUUUUAUAUUGUUUUUUCGCAAUUUGUACGUGACACCUCAUUUUUAGGGCGAGACGCUUAACCAUCUUGGAUAUCCUGUAAAAAAAUGACCAUACUUGCUGAUGCACACACAAACUUUUUUUUUUUUUUUUUUUCUGUUUAAGUUUUAACAUUAUGCUUGUUCGGGGUUGCGCUGGUAGUUUAACUACGGCUAUUUAUCGUAGGGUUUAUUACGAUUGUUUUCUCUGGCGCCUUGAAAGUUUUGCUCGUGUUCCCUUUGUAAGUGCCUGAAGACACUGCGCAGAAAAGCAUCAGAGAGCUUCCAAGGACUGUGGUCGAGUUGCUUCUCAGCAUCUGCUAUAAUAUCAUUCCAGAACAUUACGAAUUGGACCUCGUGCUGUUAUGAGCUCGUACAACAUGUUAGAGGCUAAGCUCUAGGAAGAAAGGCAGCGUAAGGAACAGCCUCCGACCAUAGCCUCAUUUGCUAACCAUAGCGACCAUGUAUGUGAUCUGCCUGCGGAGAGACCAGUUCAGGUAAACUUAAACCAAAAUUGGGCACAUCAGAGCUGCUUCGAGUACAUCAGCUAAAAUUUGAGUUCAAUUGACCAUAAAAGGAGGGCUCCCUUUGUUUGUUGUUGCAUGGCCAAGUGACAUUUUAAUUCGUUAUGUAGCGCCCCGUUUGAUCUUCACUAUUUCCCUGGCUCGUGAAUACACCUACAAAAAGUGCGACACUUUUUGGCGGACAUUUUGUUACUUUGCUGGCUUAGUUGGGGAUGUGGUGACAUUUAAGAGCUACGAAAAAAGUGACAAAAUUACGCAGCUCAUGGAAAUGUAGCUUGUCGGUAAACUUCUGUCUUGUUAUGAUGAGACUCAGCUCAUCUAGCUCAUAGACAGUGUUUUUUUUUUUUUUCUAGAAUCAAACAUUUUUCAUAUAAUUUUAUUGGGUUGAAAGCUCAGAGACUUUUUGAAUUCUUAGUGGCUUAAAACCUGGGACGAAUGGUGCUCCGACGCAUCUCAGUAUUAUGGAAUGGGGGUGUUUCACGAGAUUUACAGCGUGGAUAUAAGAGGAUAAUUCAUGAUGACAGAUAACACGAUAACCCUGAAAGAUGUUCACAAGGUGUUCAUAAUAGGGAGUUUUAAGUGCGACAUGACGUCGCUGUGUUCGAGGACAUGCCAGCUGACUUUUGUUUGCUGAUUGCCGUGGAUUUGUUUACCUCAAAAUUCUUUUAAUGUUCCAUUGGUUCGAUAAUUAAGCAGGGUGACGUUCCUCACAGACAGGGAAAUGGCCUCAUCCUCAUUAAUGGGAAAAUGGCGAUUUAGUUGUUGCACAUAAUAUGAUUGCAAACAUUCCAGCUCAGCUGAAUAGUAACUUUGCAACAUAGUGAAACACGGCAUAGCCUGAUCGCUCUCUUCAUUGUGAGGUAAGGCUGUUCGACAGCUCGUGUUACUAUGCGCUUUCCAUCUGAGAUUCCUGUCUGAAACAGACUUCGACUGUAUGUACUUUGUUGAUCAAAGACUAAGAUCUGCAUGUGCCAAGAACCCUUUGGAUGCUUUUGGUGGGAAAAAAAAACUAUCUCCUCCUACUGAUAUGGGUUCCGUUAACUUCACCUGGGGCUGCUUGUAAAUUGGUACCGCAAUGUCUUCAUUCCACUUUGCUCAAAAAUUUCCGAGAACAUUAUUACCGAUAGCCUGAAACACAUUUAGCGAUUACACCAACCGAUUUUGCUGUUAUAUACCAACAACAUUGUGACGACCAAAUGGAAUGACUCACAGUCACGAGUGCUGCAGCAGGGCCGUGUAACAAUUGAUGCUACCCUUAAGGGUGUACCGUAGUACCCCGAUGUUUCCGUUACAUAAUCACCGUAUUCAUUAGAGUGCCAUAAAGGGGGUUGUACUAACAUGAGGAACAUCAGCGCUCACUCUGAGGCGUCAGCGUGUGGCACGUGCUGCUAAAGUUGAUGGGUAAACCACACCGGGAAAAAAAGUUACAACGUCUGCACGGCUGAGCUGGGGCUAUGUUAGUUACACGACCAUGCUGAUACUCAGUUCGAGUCACAGUAAUACUGUUGCGUUGACUGUAACAGCACUGGAACCGUUAUCACCCUGAUUGUUCUUGAUUGCAAAAAUGGCGCAUUUCACAAAUGAGGGCUGAGUGUAUCUGACAUGUUGCUGGAUUGCCUUCACAAGUAUGAAUGGAUGACUACAAACAUGUGUUUGUGCAACCUGGCUGUUCUUCCAAGCAGGUGGGGCCCCUGCAUAUGAAGCUCGUCGAACCCGUCCGUGCCUUAUGCUAAUGCAAGUAAUACGAGUUGACAGGCGUGAUUCAGUUACAUAUUGUGUAUCCUCGAUAUGACUUGUCCAUAGGAUGUACAGACAGCAUGUCCAGGUGUUUAUAUCUGUUAUCGCGCAUGUUUUCGCUUCAUUCUUCUUUUUCACUACCUGCAUGCUAGUACAGUGUUCUAGUUCUAGGCUGAACAAGCUUAGUUUACAUUAAAAUUGUGUCUGGCUGCCCUUUUCAAAAAACAAAAAAUACCUUCAAACAACGUGCGCCCUCGUGCAGAUACUUCAGGGGCGUUUGAAACCUCUUGGGUGAGCUCACUGUAUGGGCACAUUCUGAGGUUGGUGUUUGCAAGCAUCCUUUGCAUUUUGCCUGGAGCGAUGUCAGCCAGUCGGAUUAAAAAUAGGCGAAGAUUGAGGAACCCUGCUUGUUUGAAGCUAGUUCUAAACGUGGACACGAGAAUUGUCUGUGUAGCUUUACGUUUUACUUAUGUUACGUCGUUUACGUUGCACCGUUAAUUGAGCAUUUAUUUUGCCAUUCGUAAACGAGUACCUCCAAGGUGCCCAUUCUCAGGGUAGCCACCUUGCCCGUUUUAAGUAUGCACAUGUACGGCACCCCGCGAGAGGAUAUAAUCUACGUGUCUAAGUUAUUUUAAUUAGGCAUAUAGCCUCAUGCUGACGUCUGUUGUGGUGAGCACUUGAAUUGUGAUUUUAGCAACGUAGUUAUUUAUUUAUUGUUAACAGCUAUCGUUAUGGCGGCUGUCUUCUCUCCUGUGCAUUUGGUUUUGAUGAUUUGCCAUUACGGUAGUUUGCUUCUGAAAAUGCCACUUGUGUUUCCUCUUAAGUAAGGCGAAAGCAUUUACGGCUGAAUCCAUCGAGUGUUGAUUGGGGCCUCCAUAGUUUUUCAUUCAGUCCCUUUUGGUAUUUGAUGCCAAGUGGAAAAGAUACCCAGGAAUGCAAGUUGAAACUGUAGACAUCCCGCAACAUAUGACCUAGAACAUCCCGUGGAACAUUAGCAAUUGGGUUUGCUUGCCAUUUGUGUUGGUCAUUGUAAGAGAAUGGAAUGCCAUCUGUCUUCCUCAGGUUUUUUUUUUACUAAAAAAGUGAAUUACAUUAAAAGUUCUGUGCUAUAUUAGACUGUUAUUUCCCAGCAUUUUUUUUAACAAAAACAAAAAAUUUGAGCCCUAUUCUUAAUAAUUGCAGGGGACACUCUUUUAUAAAAAUUUGUCAGUGGGAUACGUUUUUCUGAACUCAUUGCUUGCAACAUCCUUUUGUGAUUGGAUCCCACGAAUAAAAGUCCACAGAAUAGAAGUAUGCACUGAUCUGCAGCUUGAAAAGGGCAAGUUGUCUUCUGUGCAGAGAUGACUGCACUAAUCACUGGGAACAUCCAUAUAAGAAUUUUCUAUUGAUGUGUCACACAGGAAAGGAAGCUUUACAGGUCAUGUCAUCCAGGGCUAUCUACCUGAUAUUGCUCCAUAGCUGUUCGAACCCCAGAAUAAUGUAACGAAAGUUACCAGUCAGCCAUUUUAUGCUUUGAUUGCUGGUAAACACAUCCGUUUUUGCGAAAGAAAUACAGUCAUGUAGGCUUCGAGAACCUUUCCUGCUGCAGAUCCCAGAGUGCAGCAACAUAAAAGAUUGCAAAUUUUUCAGCUGCUGUACCAUUAGAUUAGAUGAAAGACAUAGGCAGUAACUUCCAUCCAGCUGUUAUAUUUCAAAUGCACUUUCACAUUGCCAGCAUGGUAUGCACCACCUUCAUCCAGAUAAUGUACACAGAAGGCUUUUCAGGAAGACAAUAGGUCAGACAAACUAUGGCCCCUUUUGGGAAGUUUCUGGUGCACCUUUCAAUAUCACAGUCAGCAUUUUGUUUUUGUGGGUGUUUCAUCUCGUGUCAUUUACACGUAAUCCAGAAAUAGUUGAAGCUGGCUUUCUUUCUUUUUGAGCAGACAUAGUUUAGGCGUGAAACCGUUUUGAAUUGUCUUUAUCGUAUCGGCUCACUCUCAGUGCAGUUUUUGAAAAGAAAAGCUGAAUUAAAGCCUAGACGUCCGGAAUCAUCUCUGUGUUGGUAUCACCCGUAGCAAUUUCACAGGUCCGUCUGCCCCGGAAUUUUUGUCCAUUUUUUGUCUUUUAGUUGCAGCUGAAUAAUCCUUCUUGCACAAUUCCUUCAUUCAAAAUGAAGUUUCUCGAAUUAUAUAGGUCGUAAUUUGGAAAUUAAAUUCGCAUCCAGGUUUACCCCGUGGACGUAUUGUGUUGCUCCCAUUGAGUCGGCAUCCUCAGAACAAACCCCCUGUACAGCCGUACCCAUGGCAUGCUGUUUUUGUACUUGUGUGUACAUAAUGUAGAAUACGUGUCCUGUAGUAAAGCUUCUUGUCCCUGGUGGGGAUCUGUGUCCAAAUGCACUGUAGAUAUGAUCUUUUUUCACGGAGCUAUGCCAACCACACGUACGAGGAGCGUUCACCUGACCAAUAAAGCAUUAUAUUGGA